AUGCAAAGCUCAGACUUUCACAAAACUCGAUUCAAAAGUGGAAAGCAUACGCAAAGAGCUUGCGGAACGGACGGGCGGCUGCGAGCCUCGACUGAGUCUGAACUUGAGUGGCCCGACGAGGAAUCCGAUGAUUCUGACGACGACGAAUUCGGCGACGAACCCGACGAGUAUUUCCGGCGCUUCUUUGCUUUCUUUUUCACCGCCGAACGCUUCGCUCUUUUUCCAGUUCUUACGCUCGGAGCCGGCAGAACAUCCAUCGGCACCUCCAUCUCGCUGUCGCUGUCGCUGCCCGAUGAAGCUCUCACCAGCUGUGCAAAAAAAUAA